CCUCCCUGUGCCAAACGCAGGCAUGCAUCAGAAGCACGUUUCCACGUGGCGAUUGGUAAAGCGAAGUGAGCCCACCGAAGAAACGGUUUCGGCGACGCGAUGAUUUCGAAGUAGCGCCAUUUGACACUUUCCCUCCCUGUAUAUAUAAAACGCUCAUUUCCCUUCCACGGAAUGGAAUAUACUCGCGUCCAUUCCAUCGCCAUUUCCUUCUUUCUCAGAUCUAUCUCCUCUUCAACUCUCUCGCAUCCAUGCCUUCUCACUCUCGCAUCCUCAACCACCGCCAUCGCUCUCUCCCUCUCCCUCUCCCUCUCCCUCGCAAACGCCUCUCUCUCCCUCCAACCACUUCGCUCUCCUAUUCUCCCCGUUCGCGCUUCGCUUGCGCCAAUCUCGAGUUACACUCGUUGAUUUUUCAGCAGUAUAAAUGCCUCGCUCUUCGUAAUCUUCUUCCUACUAGAGCCUUCGACGAGGAUUCAUUUGACAUACCAAUGCUUGAUGAUUGGAUUGCUGAUGAGAGUCCUUCUGCAUAUGUGCUAUCUUCUAGUGACGGGGAAGAUAGUGAUGGUGAAGCUUUUCUUACUCCAGUGGAUAUUGAUUUGCCUUCUGUUUCUGCAUCAACUAAUGAUGCUCUAACAGUGACUGCUCAUCGGUUUGCAACCCUUGGGAGGGAACGCAAGAAACCUAGGACCAAACUUGGUUUUUUCAUCACUAUGGGGCUUAUAAUCGUCUUGACAUUACUGCUUUUGUAUGUGGAUUGGUGCGCAUGGAGAAUUGUUAGACUUCCCUUAUCACCUUUUUAUUUGACGCGCCCAUUUCUCAUAUCGGCCAUUUUGGUUUCUUUUGCUGGCUAUGUCGGUGUCCCAAUUUUUUGUCAUUUUAAAAGUAUCCAUGUAAUCAGGCAACAAGUGCCUGGAAGGCAUCACAUGAAAAAGAGGACACCCACACUGGGUGGUUUGCUUUUUAUACCUAUUGGUGUAAUUGUUGCUCAUGUCUUUGCCAGUUCCACAUCUUUAGAAAUGUCUGGGGCAGCUGGUGUAACUAUCGCAUUUGCUGCAGUUGGUUUACUAAGUGAUAUAUUAAUACUCACCAGAAAACAUUGGAGAGGUUUGCCUACAUUGACAGAAGUCCUUUUGGAGGUAGCUGUUGGAACAUGGUUUUCAUUUUGGUUGGACAUCGCCAGUAUAGCUUCACCCUAUGGCAUGAAGAUGCUGAUUCCUCUACCACUGGGCCUUGUGUAUUUGGGACGAUAUUACCAACUGUUGACUUCAUUUUGUUUUGUUUCCUUGGGAAGUGGUGUUAAAUUAGCAGAUGCUCUUGAUGGACUAGCUGGAGGUACCGCUGCAUUGGCGUUAACUGGAAUGUCAAUAGCUGUUCUUCCAAUAUGUUCUGGACUAAAAACCAUGCAAUCUACUCUCCUUUGGACUUCUGGUGCUCUUAGUGACCUUUAUCUUGCUAUAUUUGGAGCUUCAAUGGCUGGAUCUUGUGUUGGUUUUCUUCUACACAACAGAUACAAAGCGUCUAUAUUUAUGGGUAAUAUAGGAUCUUUGGCACUUGGUGGUGCAUUAGCUGCAAUGGCUGCAUGUACUGGAAUGUUCUUCCCACUGCUCAUUUCUUCUGGAGUUUUCAUUGUUGAGUCGUUGUCAGUUAUUGUUCAGGUUUUCUACUUCAAGUUAACUAAGGGCUUCCAGGGAGCGUGGUGGCGUCUUUUGAGAAUUCCUCCCUUUCAUUAUCGCCUCCAGUUACGUGGGUUCAGAGAACCAAAUAUUGUAUUAGGUGCUUAUCUUAUAUCAUCUGUUUUGGCUUUACUUGGCGGGUAUGUGGGUCUUGUUUCAGCAUAACAUUUUGGUAUGGAUUGGUAAACAAGUGACGCAAUUGAACAGUUUCGAGGACCGUGACCUCCUUUAGCAGAAUGGGAUAUAAAGAAAAGUCAGAAAAUUGCAAUUCAUUACUCUGGUUUCAAAAUGCAUACCUCACACCAUUUUAACAAUUUGUUGUUAUCGCAAGUGUUCCGUACAAAUGCGGAGACUAUUGCAUUUGCAUAAACAAUAUUCCUACCACGUUGACACCUAUCUCCACUGUUACAGCCGUAACUUUACUCAAAUGUCAAAUCCCUAACCAUGAGCAUAAAAGGUCCCAAUUCCUUAGAUUUGCAUCCAUCAAAACGUGUAGGUCUUGUAUUUGGGUGUCCUUGUUUAGUUUUCUUUUUCUCUGCAUGGUAUUCUUGACCGAGCUCCCGGGUUUUCAAAUUACAACUUCCCAACACAUUUUGCGUUACAUGUCGAAUUUAUUAUUCUAACUUGACGAUAGUUUUCCUCAUUAUCUUCUACAUCCAGUAUUCACCAUCAAAGCUGUCUUCGUUUCGUCCAUGCUAGUUUCGGUUGGACUUGACUGUUCAUUAAAUGUAUCAUUUUUCAUGGAAGCAUGAAUAUCGGAUAGAUAGACGUAACUUCAAGGGCAACAUUCAACACAUAUGAAUGCCCUUUCUUGCUACACUAAUGACAAUAAAUAUGGUUUAAACAGUGUAUUAUAGCACUUAUUUUCA